AUCUAUACGAAAAAAAGUCUAACAUUCCUAAUGUUUUGCUGAGCGGGCAUAAAAAAAUCGAUGUUGGACCGCUGAGUGAGAUGUUGGACCGGUCGAUGAGAUGUUGGACCGCUUACGUCACAGUAUGGGCGGGGUUAACUAUGUCUUAAUUUGCAUUCGUUAUAAUCCGUAGUUUCGGCGAAUUUAUACGACAGUAGUCCGUAAGUAUUCGACAGUUACGAAAUUGACCGAGUUAAAUCCGCAUUGCGACAAAUUGAAAUUAAUAUUCAAAUAUUGUCACCUGCAUCGCAAAUCUGCAUUGCGGGAAAUUGAAAUUAACAUUCAAAUGUUAUCAUUUGCCAUUUGCAUCGCAAUCAUGGAAGGGAGUGCUAGGUUUGCUUCAUACAAUGACGAAGAAAUUGAAAACAUAAUGGAAAAUCGGGACAGCAGCAAUACGAAAAAUGUGGUGAAAGUUGCUGAAAGAAUAUUGUCGGAGUACCUAGUCCACAAGUACGAAUCCACCAUUGAAAACUUUUUUAAUGGAAAAAGCAAGAAUGAAGCUGCCGAAUUUCUGAAAAAGUUUUAUUGUGAAGUACGGAAAAAGGACGGCACAAUUUAUGCGAGAUCUACUAUGAUAUCAUUGAGAUUUGGAUUGCAGAGAGUGUUUCUUAAAUUGUACAAGUGGGACAUAAUAAAUGACAAUGAUUUUAAAAGCGCUAACGACAUGUUCAGUGCUUGUUUGGUGAAAAUAAAAAAAGAGGGUGUGCAAACAGAACAUAAAAGACCUAUUUCUGACGCUGAUAUUAAAAAACUGUACGAAUCAAAUGUAUUUGAUACAUCUACACCAAGAACAUUACAACAAAAAGUAUUUUUUGAAAUAAUGAUGUUUUUCUGUAACCGAGGUAGAGAGAAUCUACGAAACAUGAGGCCCACGGAUUACCAAAUUCGUAUAGACGCGGAGGGGAGACGAUAUGUUGGAAGCAAUGUUUCAAGGCUUACCAAAAAUCAUCGUGAAGCUGUAGGAGACCAGGAUAAUACGGCCGCUAGAAUGUACGAAAAACCCGGUAAUCCAGCAUGCCCCGUCAACAGUUUUGAGAAAUAUAUAUCGAAGCUAAAUCCAGCGUGCGAGUUUCUCUGACAGAGACCUAAAAAAGAUGUGGCGGAUCAAGCAGGAGUUUGGUAUGACAAUAUGGUCGUGGGAAAAAUACCCUAGGCUGUAUGAUGGCUACAAUAAGUAAAGAUGCAAACUUAUCGUUUGUUUAUACUAAUCUAUGCAUCAGGCCCACAUGUAUUACCUUACUUGACGAGGGCGGCUAUGAGGGUAGUCAUAUCAUCGGAAUAUCAAAACAUAAAUCAGAGACGAGUCUAAAGCAUUAUUCUGCGCAUCUCAGUGAAAAUAAGAUCCACGGAAUUUCCAACACUUUGUCUGAAAAAAUUCUUCCUCAGACUGUCGCUAAUACCGAGAAAACAAUUCUCACCGAGCAGGCAACUUCGUCUGAAUCUGUAUUGAAUUUGACCGACCUAGAUCUAUUAGAAAUACCAAUGCUGCCAACAAACUUCGAUUCCCCAACGUGAAAAAUGCUCAAAAUCAAGACUUUAAUUCAUGCAGCUUUAACCAGUGCACAAUUGUCUUUAACAAUUAUACAAACUGACUUAGUUUUAUUGUAUAUCCACAAUUCAUUCUUCUCAUGUACCUGUUUCAAAUAAAGUUUUGUUGCAACUAAAUUGUUUUUAUUUCUUAAAUGUUAUAAUAAAAAGGGAAAAGUAUAACAAAACAUUUAUUGACUGGGUUCGAGGGCAA